AUGAAGCUCCUUUCGGUCUUCGGCUCUUUUCUCUGCGCUUCAGCAGCUCUCGCUGCAAACGGCCCUCGCUUUAUCAGGCCUAACAGAGUCUAUCGCUCCAGUCCAGUCAUUGAGAAGCGUGUCCCUGGCCAGGACUUUGAGAACCCAGAGAUCAACAAGAGAGCUCAUACCUUUCUCAACUCCAAAACCAAACCUUUUGCUGUCGACGGCAAGCAUGUCCCCUUGGUCGAUUUCGACUUAGGUGAGAGUUAUGCCGGCUUGCUACCCAUCUCCAACAAUGCAAAUGAAACGCGCAAGCUUUUUUUCUGGUUCUUUCCAUCUACCCUGGCCAAGACACCGGAGGAAAUCGUCAUCUGGCUUAAUGGUGGCCCUGGAUGUAGUUCACUCUCUGGUUUGCUCACAGAGAACGGCCCGUUCCUGUGGGAGGACGGCACUCUUGGCCCAACUCAAAAUCCUUAUUCAUGGCACAACCUCACAAAUAUGCUUUGGAUUGAGCAGCCUGUUGGUGUCGGCUAUUCGGAAGGCGAGCCCAAUAUCAGCAACGAAUACGAACUCAGCGACCAAUUCCGCGGUUUUUACAAGAACUUUGUCGAUCUCUUUGGUGUCUGGAAUUGGAAGACAUAUGUGACCGGAGAGUCGUAUGCUGGUUAUUACGUUCCUUACAUUGCUGACAGCUUCAUCCGUGCCAACGACAAGAAGUACUUCAAUCUCGGUGGCAUCGCAAUCAAUGACCCCAUCCUUGGUACUGAUGCUGUCCAGCAGCAGGUCGUCAUCCGGCCCUAUGUCGAAUUCUGGCAAAAUGUCUUCUACUUGAACCAAACUUUCUUGGAAAGAGCCCGAAAGCGCGACCAGGAAUGCGGUUACACACAGUAUUAUGAAAAAUACUUCAAGUUUCCUCCGCCAAAGGGGCCCUUCCCGACUCUCCCUAAUCCAUACGACAGUACAGGUGAUGUCCCAAUUUGCGACCAGUUCGAUAACUACGCCCUGGCGAUUUCCGCGGUAAAUCCUUGCUUCAACAUCUACCACAUCACCGAAACCUGCCCGUUCAAGUCCACGCCGCUCGGUGGAACCAACCAAGGAGAUUAUGUCGCACCAGGCACCGAAGUCUACUUUGACCGCGCAGACGUCAAGAAGGCCCUUCAUGCCAACCCUGACAGCAAAUGGAUGUUGUGUACAGAUAAGAACGUCUUCGCCGGCGCUGGUGUAAACAACUCAGACACAUCCAUCCCACCCGCCAACAGCGGCGUCCUCAAAAACGUUGUGGAAAAAACAAACAACGUGCUUAUCGGCUCUGGAGACCUCGACAUGCUUCUCAGCACGAACGGUACCCUCCUAGCCCUCCAAAACAUGACCUGGAACGGCGCACAGGGUCUCUCUAGAUACCCCUCCGAAAACCUCUACGUGCCUUACCAUCCCGAAUUCAACGCCGGUGCGCUCGCUGGCGCCGGAUAUCAAGGCACCUGGGUCAAAGAGCGUGGUCUGACUUUCUACACUGCGCGUCUUGCGGGUCACGAGUUGCCCGGCUACACGCCUGGCGUCGGAUACCGCAUGUUGGAAAUUCUGCUCGGUCGCAUCCCCGAUUUUAGCAGCACACGCGACUUCACCACCCAGACGGGUAAUUUUACUGGUACCACUGAUCUCUUUUAG